AUGCGCACCUGUGACGUAUACUCCUCUAAGGUGACCCACUCUGGUCGACAUACGGGAACAUCGGAAGCCUAUCGUCUCAACUUGAGCCUAGAUCACAUUCGCCAUCUAGGACGUUGGGUAAUGGGACAGAUGGAGUCCUUUUAUGCCCCCAAGAAUCUGAUCACUGGUGCAUUCUAUAUGGCACAUUUCAACAAGCCCAGUGAGCCUUACUUGAUCGAGCGGGACCUUGUCACGCCACCAUUGGAGCUCCAGCGUCUGAUCUUUCCAUGGAUCGAGCGUUCCUUCGAUCUGGACGACCCAGGAAAAACUCCUUCAUGGAUCGCCGAAUGUGACCAGGAGAUGCUAGGAGUCGGCGAAAGUGUCAUCACGGAUGACGAUAUCCAUUGGGAAUCUCCAAUCAGGUCUUCCAGAUCCAGAUCGCCCUCGCGCAAGGUCAAGGAGCCUUACAGUGCUUAG